AUGAACAUCGAUGAGUUUCAAGUACGCGGCAAGCAGAUGGUAGAAUACAUCUGCGAGUAUCUACGAACGUUAGAAGGGAAGAGGGUGACCGCGAACGUGGAUCCCGGCUACCUGAGACCGCUUCUACCCAAGGAAGCGCCGGCGAAAGGGGAGUCCUGGGACGCCAUAAUGCGAGACGUCGAAUGCAAGAUAAUGCCCGGGAUCACUCACUGGCAACAUCCACGGUUCCACGCGUAUUUCCCAUCCGGGAACUCGUUUCCCUCGAUUCUCGGGGACAUGUUAUCCGAUGCGAUCGGCUGCAUCGGAUUCUCUUGGGCGGCCAGCCCUGCUUGCACCGAACUGGAAACGAUCGUGCUCGACUGGUACGCGAAGGCGAUAGAUCUGCCACGGGAGUUUCUGUCCGAGCACAAGGCCUCGAAGGGCGGUGGAGUGAUACAGGGUUCCGCAUCGGAGUGUAUUCUGGUCACGAUGCUGGCUGCGCGUACCCAAGCGAUCCGAACGUUGAAGGAACAGGACCCGAACACCGAGGACUCGGCGUUUCUGCCGCGAUUGGUCGCCUACUGUUCGAUCAGGGAGGAUGUGGCGAACGGUUUGGUCCCGUUCUUCGUCUCCACCACCCUCGGCACGACAGGAUCUUGUGCGUUCGACAAUCUGGUGGAGAUCGGCCCAGUGUGUAAACUGUAUCCGAACAUCUGGCUGCACGUGGAUGGCGCUUACGCCGGUAACGCGUUCAUCUGCCCAGAAAUGAGACCGCUGAUGGCCGGUAUACAACACGCGGACUCGUUCAACACGAAUCCAAAUAAAUGGCUGUUGGUGAAUUUCGAUUGUUCCUGCCUUUGGGUGAGGGACAGGGUGAAAUUGACGUCGGCCCUGGUCGUCGAUCCUCUAUAUCUUCAACACGCCAGGUCCGGCGAGUCCAUAGACUAUCGGCAUUGGGGUAUUCCGUUGAGCAGACGUUUCCGGGCGCUGAAACUGUGGUUCGUGAUGAGAUCGUACGGUAUAACCGGAUUACAGAAGUACAUAAGAAAUCAUAUCAGGCUCGCGAGACGGUUCGAGACGCUGAUGAAGAAGGACAAGCGGUUCGAGAUCACGAACGACGUACGAGUGGGUCUGGUCUGCUUCAGAUUGAAGGAGAGCGACGAGAUCAAUCAGGAGUUGUUGGCGAACAUCAAUGCUUCCGGUAGGCUUCACAUGAUCCCGGCCAGGGUGAUGGGCAAGUAUAUCUUGAGAUUCUGCGUAAUAAAGGAGAACGCCACUGAUGAUGACAUCGAUUAUGCCGUGGAUGUGAUCGAGGAACACGCGACCGAGGUGAUGCUCGCCCAUUACGAGGGCACCGAGGACGAGUUCCGGGCUAAAGGGCCAAAGAGCCCGGCUGCGUUGGACAAGAAGCUGGUACGGAAGUUCAGUUUCACAAGGAGCGUGACCAGGGACGUAUACAAACGGUCCAUCUCGAAGUCGAGCCUCCACGACGGCGCCACGCCGAUCAUGGUCGUCGACGAUAACUCGCAGGUCGACACUAUUGAGGAAGACGUUUUCUGCAACAGCAGGUAGACCGCGCCUCAGCUCACGGUGCCCAAGAGGAGGGACCAGCUACUAUCGCUACCGUGAGCUGCGGAUGAUGAUGAUCGGUAUAAUGUUGUUUCAGGUCGUGACGAUCCCGACGAUGAUGAUAUCCGGAUGAUUCCGUGAUUUUUGCGAUAGCAAAACUGCC